AUGGAGCAACGGAGGAUGAGUACCUUUCAGAUUACUUCCUCCCAACCUAGCAUCUGUUUCAGAAACACGUCUCAAGCUCUCCGUCCAUCUCCAAAGCUUCUUCUUCUUCCAACUUGUUUGCAACCAACCAAUAAUGCAUCCAUUCGGCAACAACGGAUGCCGGUUUUGAAGGCCCAGCAAUGCAGGGUUUCAUCCAAGUACCAUCGAUCUGCACCUGUCUGCUUGUUAGGUGGCAAGGGAAAGAGUGAAAGUGGUGAUGAGGUGGGAGGCCUUUAUUGGGCUAUGGGAACUCAAAGAGGUUCCCCUUGGAAAGCUCUUGAGAAAGCAAUGGGUAAUUUGAAGAAGGACCAGUCGAUAGAGGAUGUAUUACGUCAGCAGAUUGAAAAGAAUGAAUUUUAUGAAGAGAGAGGAGGUGGUGGUGGUGGUGGUGGCAGUGGCAGAGGCAGUGGCGGUGAUGGUGCAGGUGGUUCUGAAUCAGAGGAUGAAGGCCUUGCUGGAAUCAUGGAUGAAACACUGCAAGUGAUUCUCGCAACCAUUGGAUUUAUUUUUCUGGGAAAUACAAAAAGGCUUGCAGCACAUUCCUGUGCAGUAUAA